AUGGGGCUGGGGGCUGUUGGGCCUGGGUCCGGCCCUUUCACGGGGGGCACAGCUGGGAGGCUGUUGGGCUCUGCUCGCCCGCCCGGGGCCUCCGUAGGCAACCCGCUGCUCCUGCUCCUGAUGCUGCUGCUGCGGUCCGUGGACUGCCGCUGGGACUGGACCGAGAUGAGCGUCGAGGAUGAUUCGAUAAAAGGCUGUGGUCAUUCAUAUCAAUGGGAAAGAAUCAUAGGUGGUGACGAUGCGAUGGCUAAGAGAUGGCCUUGGCAAGUGAGUGUUCAGAAAGACGACAGCCACCGGUGCGGUGGGUCCCUAGUUGCCCCGCUGUGGGUGCUGACGGCUGCUAAUUGCUUUUUGAAGGGCAACACUAAUUUUACUGUUUUAAUGGGGAGCACACAACUCGAUGAAAUAAACCCUGAACGUUCUCUCCGGGUCGCGGUCAAACAAGUGAUAAUCCAUCCCGGCUACGAGGAGACCAGAUACUGGUCAUGGAUCGGCCGUGAGAACAACGUAGCCCUCCUCAAACUGGCCGAGGUGGUGAAUUACACCAAGCACAUCGCCCCCGUCUGCCUUUCCUCCUCCGCGUUGGAAGUGAGGCCUGGGUCUUUCUGCUGGGUAACAGGCUGGGGCCAGACCCAAAUAGACCUACCAGGACCAGAGGCACAGACGUCUCCGAGACUUCAGGAAGCUGAGAUCUUGGUCAUGAGCAACGAUGACUGUGACUCCCGGUACCAUGACAUCUCAGAAGUGCCCAGGAUCGUCCGCAUCAUCUCCUCUAACAUGCUGUGCAGCGAUUAUUCCCGAGGAAGAGACUUCUGCUAUGGAGAUGAUGGGAGCCCACUCGUCUGUGAGAUUGACAGCACGUGGUUCCAAACAGGGAUAGUGAGCUGGACCAUGGGAUGUGCUCAUCUGGAAACCCCAGGUGUCUAUUCUCGGGUCAGCCAGUACUCCACCUGGAUAGAGAAGGAGAUAGCAGAGCUGAACUAUGCAGUCUCUACCCUCAUGGCCUCCUCCUGGAUCACACCUUUAUCCCUGCUGUUGCCCAUUUCUCUCAUGAUGGCCCUGUGA